AUGGAUUCCAAACGGGCACCGCAGGACUCUAUGAAGUCGACUUGGAGAACGGCAGACAAGACCACCUGGAGCAUCUACCACCACCUCAUUAACACACUCAAUGCGUACCCCACAAGCCUCGACGAGCCAGUCCCAGUGCACCAGAAGACGGAGAAAGUACCUCAUCUACCGCAAUCCUCGCAGAUUAUCUGGGUCAUGUGUUAUGCGUUCGUGCCCAUUGUCCUCCACCAGCUAUGGCUCAGAGCAACAGGCUACGGGUACCUGGGGCCCUUUGCGACAUUCCAGCUGUACUUCAUGGCUUUCAAUGCCAUUGUCAUCCGCCAGGUCCAAGUACUCCGACGACUUGGACACACGUGGGGAUAUCUUGACGGUGACCAGCAUGAGCGAGACGGCGUGCCGGACGUGGGCGUUGGCAAGGUUGUUGCCGCCCUUUUCAAGACGACGGGCUCGCGCAUGGCCCUUGCGGUGUUCCUCUCCUACGACCCCUUGGUAUCGCCAGCGGAUGCCAUCAGCGACUGGCAGUGGUGGGCAAGACUGAGCGUCCAGAUCGGGCUCUAUUCUAUUUUCCUGGACUUUUGGUUCUACUGGUAUCACCGCGCGAUGCACGAUGUCUCGUUUUUGUGGAAGUUUCACAGAAAGCACCAUCUGACGAAGCAUCCCAAUGCUCUCCUGUCUGCCUACGCAGAUCACGAGCAGGAAUUCUUCGACAUGGUAGCCGUGCCGUUUGCAGCCGGUAUGACCAUGUGGGCUAUUGGACUUCGGCUGGGCUUCUACGAGUGGUGGGUUUGCCACCAGUUUGUCGCUUACACCGAGGUCGGGGGCCACAGUGGCAUUCGCGUCCACCUUUCACCGCCGUCCACCAUGACCUGGUUGCUCAAGAUGUUCGAUUGUGAACUUGUGGUGGAAGACCACGAUCUCCACCACCGAAAGGGCUGGAGGAAGAGCCACAACUAUGGCAAGCAAACCAGGCUCUGGGAUCGCAUCUUCGGGACGUGCACGGAGCGCAUCGAGUCGAUCCAAGGAAAUAUUGAUUAUGAGCACACGGCGUAUGUACCACUCUGA